GCACUGGUGGGUGGCACUGGUGGGUGGGCACAGGUGGGUGGCACUUCUGGCACAGGUGGGUGGCACUUCUGGGCACAGGUGGGUGACACUGCAGAGUGGCACAGGUGGGUGGCACUGCUGGGCACAGGUGGGUGCACUGCUGGGCACAGGUGGGUGCACUGCUGGGCACAGGUGGGCGGAACUUGCGGGUGGCACUGCUGGGCACCGAUCAUCAGGGCACUGAUCAUCAGUGUCCUGAUGAUCGGUGCCGAUCCCCGCUCUGACAACUGCCGGUUCUCGGCAGUACUUUCCUCACGAUCUGACAGCGUGAGGAAAGUGCAGCCGAGAACUGGCACUUGC